AUGGAGGUCGAGCGCAGCGUACCUGAACUGCGGGCGCGCGGCAACAUGGGCCCGCCGGCGAAGAAGACGGUAUCUGCUGCUGCCGUUUUCAGAAACCAGGGUGCUUUCAGGGAACAAGGCAACAUCACAUGUCAGACGAAUAUCAGCAACUCCAAGUUCACCGGAGACGAUGCUGACGCUACCACAUUGCUGAGCGCCGGGUCUCACUCAAGCGUACGGAGUGUAGAGAAGAAAGGAGCAAGAAAGAGGUCUUCGAACAUGCAUCCUCUAGGCGUAGAGUUCAAAGAUGCCAGCGAUAAGUACCGUCGCCACGUCUACAAGACUGCUUCUUCCAAAAUCAACAAGACCCUCGAGAAGCUUCUUCAUACUCUCUAUGAAAGUACCCUGCAGACCGUUACUCGCAACAGUAACCAGCAGGAUCCCAAUAUCUCGCCCCUUAAGAUCUCUGCCCCAGCGAAGUACGAGCGCCUAGCCACUCAGCUCUACCAACCCAUCUCUCAGUUCACUCUAUCACUACGGCGCACUGAUAGCGAGGGGAAGAGUGUACGUCUUGAUCAGACACUUGAGACUCGCAUGCUCCAUUACGACGAGUUGAUCACUAAGGAAACGGCUAAACUAGCGAAAUUGCAGAAAGAGUGGGAAGUGGUCCUCGGCGAGAUCUGGAAGCUAGGAGCUACAUGCCUAGGCGAGGAAGCUAUGGAACAUAUGCUAUUCACCAAGCAGCCAUCGGACGAAUCGGCAUUACCUGCUUCAUCUUCGCCAUCGAAAGUCACUGACGCCGAAUCCACGCUCUUUGUCCCUGAACACGAGAGUUCCCCAGCACGCGACAAGUCUCGUACCAACAGGAAGCACGUUACCUUCCUCGAAGAAGGAGUAUCAGCAGAUGCCCGUAACAACAAAAACGCCGUCACCCCAACGACCAUGUUUCCAAAGUUCAUAUACCAGCCCUCGAGGUAUCGCAAGGACGCCCUGCCUCUUCCAACAAGGCUCCCUCAUGAUGACAUCAAAAACCUAGAGAUGGAGGUGAAAGAACUGGGCAGGCAGGAAUUGAGUGACAUGCGUGAGAUUGAAAAGGAACAUCAGGCAUAUUGGAAGAAGAAGACGGCACAGCUUGCUGUUGCGCUGAAGAGUGACUGA